AUGAAAUUUGCUGAAUCUUUGAAAGAAGGUUUAGUCCCUGAAUGGCAGGAUCAAUAUGUGGAUUAUAAGCAAGGGAAAAAAUUGAUUAAAAAAUGUAAAAAAUUACAAGAGGAGUAUGCUUUUGAUGACACUUUGAAAACCCAAAAGAAAGAUAUUAACAACACUACUGAUGAUAGAACCCCUUUAAUUACCCCCACAGAGCCUCAACAGGUGUAUACUAGUACUGGUGCUAUAAAUGAAUAUAAUAAUGAUGAUGACGUCGAAGGGGUACCGCCGUUAUCAGCUGGUCAAUAUUCUAACUCGGGGUAUAGUCGACGACGGUUAUCUAUUUUUGCUUCCUCAAUGAAAUCAUCCAACAAAAGAGAUGACUAUAUAAAGGAAAAGAAGAAUUUUACCAAAUGGUUGAAUGAACAACUUAUGAAGGUUGAUGAUUUCUAUAUUGAAAAGGAACAAGAUGUGUAUGAACGAUUCUUACUUUUACAAGAUCAAUUAUAUCAGCUUCGAGAUCAAAAGACUCAGCUUAUCAAAGAGAAAAAUUUCCAUGAUAAUAAGAAUCAUCCAGUUAAAUCUAAUGCCGAUCAUGUUGUCAAUAAAGUCAAUGAUUUUGCUUUCCACACAAAAUCCGUCAUCAGUAAUUUGAAUCGAUUUGAAUUGCCUAGUUUACCGUCAUUGAGAUUUCUAAAAAAAUGGGGUACAAAACGUAAACAAGCCAAUCGAUUUGAAGACGAGAUAUCUUUGCAAAUUCAAGACAAAGCAGAUUUAAAUUAUGCCGAGAAUAGAGUUAGAAAUGGGAUUGUUGAAAUAAGUGAAGGCGCAACCACCAAUGAUCUGACAUCAUUAGAGGAAUCUGAUGGAGAGUCGAUCUUCAUACCUAAUAUAACUGCACCACAACCACCACCACCCCAAACUGAAGAACAAUUAAGAAAGUCUAGACGACGUGAUUAUGCCUUACAUAAACAGCAUUUUGGAGUACCAUAUUUGUACGCAAGAAAACAAUUAAAAUCAGCAUUACUAGAGCAUUAUAGAGCAUUAUCACUAUUAAAAUCAUUUAAAACGAUGAAUCGAACAGCAUUUAGAAAAAUCACCAAGAAAUAUGACAAGGCCUUGAAAACAGAAAUUAUGCAACCAUUUAUGCACAAAAUUGAUACUACAUCUUACUUUUUAACUAGUGAUUUGUUAGAUAAAUUAAUCAGCCAUGUGGAGGAAUUGUAUAUUGUAUUUUUUGAUUCCACAUCCACCGAUAGAAAGCAUUCAUUGGAAAAGUUGAAAACUAUUGCUUAUGCCAUCAAUGCUUCAGAAAUGAGGCCACCAUCAUUCUAUAAAGAGUUUUUCGUUAGUGGAUUAUUUCUUGGAUUCGGAUUGCCCUUGUUUGUGUUGGCACUUUAUACAGGAUUAGAUAAAACUUUAAAUGGAGAGAUGACAGAAGGUAAAUAUCUAUUACAAAUUUGGGCUGGGUUUUUCCUUUUGAAUUUAACUUUUAUUUUGAUUGCAGUUAAUUUGGCGAUAUUUGAUAAAUUUAAAAUCAAUUAUAGAUUUAUUUUUGAAUUCAAUAUAGCCACGACGUUAAACUAUAAACAAUUUUUGGUGCUUCCAUCAUUUGGAUUUGCAUUUUUCGCUAUUUUGGCAUGGUUUAGUUUUAAUAAUUAUUGGCCUCAUGAUUUUCCUGGGAGAGAUUGGCCAUGGAUAUAUUUUGCCGUUAUGCUAACUAUUCUUUUCCUACCAGGGAAUAUGCUUUAUGGUAAUAGUAGAAGAUGGUUACAGGUUGCUCUUUGGCGAUUAUUAUUGUCUGGACUUUAUCCCGUGGAGUUCCGUGAUUUCUUUUUAGGUGAUAUUGUGAGUUCAUUGACUUAUACUAUGGGAAACAUUUCGUUUUUCUUUUGUUUGUAUUCUCAUCAUUGGAAGGGGACUUUACCAGGGCAAAUGCCAUCACAAAACAUUUGUGGAUCAGAUAAAUCAAGAUUAUUGGGAUUUUUCAGUACUUUGCCAAGUAUAUGGAGACUUUUACAAUGUAUUCGUCGUUAUAUGGAUACUGGUGAUUGGUUCCCACAUUUAGCAAAUCUGUUGAAAUAUACAAUUUCAUCAGUAUAUUAUAUCACAUUAAGUAUUUAUCGUAUCGAUAGAAAAACUGAAAAUAGGGCAGUGUUUAUUGUGUUUGCAUCUAUGAAUUCAAUUAUUUCAUCAAUCUGGGAUAUUGUUAUGGACUGGUCAUUAUUACAAUCUGAUUCAAAAAAUUUUCUAUUACGAGAUCAUUUAUUUUAUAAAAAUCCAAAUUAUUAUUAUGCAGCGAUGAUUGCUGAUGUGAUUCUUAGAUUUCAAUGGAUUUUCUAUGCAUUUUUCACUCGACAGAUUCAACAAUCAGCUGUGACAAGUUUUUGUAUCGCCAUAGCAGAAAUACUUCGAAGAUUUAUUUGGAUACUUUUCCGAAUGGAAAAUGAACAUGCCACUAAUGUGAUUUUAUUUAGAGCUUCGAAAGAUACUCCAUUGCCUUAUGCUGUGUCUAACAAAGUGGAAAAAGCCAUUAAGAAAUUAGUUGAAUUACGUUAUUAUUCCAAGUUUUCCCAACAACAAGAACCUAGUUUCCAAGAUUACACAAUGGAUUUCCAACCUACCAGUCCUAUCAAUGUUGGAGCUACUGCAUCUACUAUUGAUACAUCAGCAGCUACUGGAUAUUCUGCACGUGAUAGAGAUUCACAUAUAGAUGAAGUUUCUGUUCCCAUCAGUAGGAAAACUAUUGCUAGUACAGAAUUGUCACGUCGUAAAAGUACUUUCAAAGUGAUUAGUGAUCAAUUGAAUCGAGCUCACAUUAAGGAUUUUCAACGACGUAAAACCGCAUUACAAAUUGAAGAUGAUAGUGAUGAUGACGAAGAUGAAGAUGAAGAUGAAUUAAGUUUGCCACCUCUAAGAAGAACAGCAACAACUGGAGGAUCAAGUAGAUUGACAUCAGUAAGAGAAACUGAAGAAGUUUAA